UGUUGUCACUGCUCAUCUCUCUCUUUUCUGGGAUUUUCUUUCUUUGUUUUUAGAGGCCUCGAGUCCACAUGUGUGGGUUUUUUAUCCAUCUUUUCCGUCUUUACUCCUCCUGCCAUUUCUAUGCUUCUGAAGCGUCUCUCUUUUCUUAGCUUCCUCUACUUGCUCCGAGAGUCCUGCACUAGAGAAAAAGCUUGCGGCUGAGUCUUUUGUUCUGGGGAUUUUUUUUAAACAAUUUUUUUAUUUAUUUUUUGCUUUGGGUUGGGUUGGUUUAGGGUUUUGAGGGGGUAGGGGAGGUAAAGGGAGACGGAAAGAGAACGAGGUGCUAGCGGGCUCGCUUGGCUUCUUUCUCUUUCUUUCUGCCCUAGUGCGACAGAGGGAGAGGGAGAGGGAGCUGGAGGCAUUUGUUCAUAACCCGUUUAUGCUUUUGCCUCCUCUGAUCUCUCCGUUCCUUUAGAUCUCUUCUUAAUCUAUUUUCUUCUUUAGUUUCUAUCAUGUUUUAUUUCUUGGUCUCUUGUGCUUUGAUCGUUUCUCUGGGAAAUUGAGAAAAUUUGUGUUGGAAAGAGAGACGGCCAUCUCCCGCUAGAUCUGGUAGUACUGCUACUACCGGUAUUGCUGCUGUAAGCGAAACAAAUAAAAGCAGGCUGGGGACGAGGAGGUGUUGAGAAGAGAGAAUAAAAAGAGGGGUUCAUUGAUGAGUUUUGGUGGAUUGUUCGACGGUGGUUCCGGUGGCGCUCGAGUCGUGGCUGACUUCCCGUACGGCAGCUCCGCCAUGCCCGCGGGCGCCAUCUCCCAGCCGCGUCUCGUCUCCCCCUCCCUCUCCAAGCCCUUGCUCAGCUCCCCUGGCCUCUCCCUCGCCCUGCAAACAAAUAUGGAAGGGCAAGGCGACAGGAGUCUGGCAUCUAUCGUCGGGGGUGCCGGAGGCGGCGGCCACGGUGGAGGAGGAGGAGGACGGGAUUUGGAUGCAGUGGGUACUCACAGGGAAGAUGAGAACGAGAGCAAAUCGGGGAGCGAGAACCUUGAAGGCGGCUCCGGCGACGAUAUAGACCAGGAGAACCCUCGGAAGAAGAAGAGAUACCACCGCCAUACCCCUCAACAGAUCCAGGAGCUCGAAGCUCUCUUCAAGGAAUGCCCUCACCCGGACGAGAAACAAAGGCUCGAGCUCAGCAAACGGCUCAACCUGGAGAGUCGCCAGGUCAAGUUCUGGUUCCAGAACCGGCGUACACAGAUGAAGACCCAAAUGGAACGCCACGAGAACACGAUCCUCAAGCAGGAGAACGACAAGCUCCGGGCCGAGAACAUGUCGAUCAGGGAGGCGAUGAGGAACCCCAUCUGCAGCAACUGCGGCGGCGCGGCGGUGCUCGGGGAGAUCUCUCUAGAAGAACAGCACUUGAGAAUCGAGAAUGCCCGGCUGAAAGACGAGCUCGAUCGAGUCUGUGCCCUCGCCGGAAAAUUCUUAGGCAAGCCUAUUUCAGCCUUGGCCAAUCCACUUCCUCUCCCCAUUCUGAACUCAAGCUUGGAGCUUGCGGUCGGCACGACCGCAUUUGCUGGGUUGGGCUCGGUGCCCAUGAACUUGCCUGUCGUCACUGAUUUCCCCACCGGGGCGUCGAGCCCGCUGGGAAGUGUUAUUACUCCUGUGAGGCCUAUCUGCUCCAUGGGUGGGGUCGAGAGGGAGAGGACCAUGCUGCUGGAGCUUGCGCUGGCCGCGAUGGAUGAGCUGGUAAAGAUGGCCCAGAUGGAUGAACCCCUCUGGGUUCCAAGCUUAGAAGGGGUUAAAGAGACGCUGGACGAUGAGGAGUACGAGCGGAUUUUCCCUCGCUGCAUCGGGAUGAAGCCUGUUGGAUUCGUGUCGGAGGCCACCAGGGAGACAGGCUUGGUGAUCAUCAACAGCUCGGCCCUCGUCGAGACUCUCAUGGAUGCGGCCCGAUGGGCAGAUAUGUUCCCUUGUAUGAUUGCGAGGUCCACCACCACUGAAGUAAUUUCCAGUGGCAUGGGUGGUACCAGAAAUGGCACCCUCCAGCUUAUGUAUGCGGAGCUCCAGGUUCUUUCGCCAUUAGUUUCGGUUCGCGAGGUAAAUUUCCUUAGAUUCUGCAAGCAGAUCGCCGAGGGUGCGUGGGCUGUAGUCGAUGUCUCCAUUGAUGGAAUUAGAGAGAACUCUUCUGCCCCUACGGCCAAUAUCAAGUGCCGCAGGCUGCCUUCUGGUUGUGUGGUCCAGGACAUGCCGAAUGGCUACUCGAAGGUCACAUGGGUGGAGCACGCCGAGUACGACGAGGCCGCGGUGCACCCGCUGUACCGCCCGCUCCUCCGCUCCGGCCUCGGCCUCGGCGCACGCCGUUGGGUUGCCACCCUCCAGCGCCAGUGCGAGUGCCUCGCCAUUCUGAUGUCCUCCUCCCUCCCAACCCGAGACCACACCCCUAUAACAGCGAGUGGGAGGAGGAGCAUGCUGAAGCUGGCGCAGAGGAUGACGGAUAAUUUCUGUGCGGGGGUGUGCGCGUCGUCGGCGCACAAGUGGAGCAAGCUGAGCCUGGGGAAUAUUGGAGAGGACGUGAGGGUGAUGACGAGGCAGAGCGUGGACGAUCCCGGGGAGCCGCCCGGCGUGGUGCUGAGUGCGGCGACGUCGGUGUGGCUGCCGGUCUCGCCGAUGCGGCUGUUCGAUUUCCUCCGGGAUGAGCGGCUCCGGAGCGAGUGGGACAUACUGUCGAACGGUGGGCCCAUGCAGGAGAUGGCCCACAUUGCCAAGGGCCAGGACCACGGCAACGCCGUCUCCCUCCUCCGUGCCAGCGCGGUGAGCGCAAACCAGAGCAGCAUGCUGAUACUGCAGGAGACGUGCACGGACGCGUCGGGGUCGAUGGUGGUGUACGCGCCGGUGGACAUACCUGCCAUGCACGUGGUUAUGAACGGCGGUGACUCCGCCUACGUGGCCCUCCUCCCAUCGGGCUUCGCCAUCCUGCCGGACGGCGGCGGCGGCGGCGGGGGACCUCAGAAGGUCGGGGGUUCGCUUCUGACGGUGGCAUUCCAGAUCCUGGUCAACAGCCAGCCUACGGCCAAGCUCUCAGUCGAGUCGGUGGAGACCGUCAACAACCUCAUCUCCUGCACCGUCCAGAAGAUUAAGGCCGCCCUCCACUGUGAACCUUAGUAAUUGCACCAACUUCCUCUUCGCCUCCCUCUUCGCCUUUUUUUUUUCCUUUUUUUUCUUUAUUAUGAGAGAGAGAGAGAGAGAGAGAGAGAGAGAUGAUGGCUAUGGAUCGAGUCAAGAACGAACCGCGCGGUGAAAACCUUUGCUAAGUGGUAAGGAGAUAUGGGAAGUUAGAGGAGAUUAAAGUGUGUUUGAAUGCAUCCUUUGUGCUGUCUCUUGCUACUGCUGAUUAUAGGAGGGAAAAGAAACGAGGGGGGCACGUUACUAUAAUCCUUAACACGGAGCAAUGGUGGUGGUUCGGGUAUUGACUCAGGUUCUGCCAUCGAUCGCUCUCUGAUCAUCUCCGAAGGAAAAAAAAUGUCCGAAACGGAAAAAUGGAAAAAAAAAUGCUGGUCGGUAGUUGUAAUGUUUUCUUUUUGCGUCUUAUGAUUUUGGUUUCGCUGCUACAAGUUGUAGACAAUGAACUCAUGUUGUUGUCAGUGCUUCAAUGUUGUCUUGGUUUUAUCUUGUUUAAAAUUGCCAGUGUUUUGUGA